UUGUUACUUUUGAUUCUUGUUUCACCGUUGCUAUUAAUUUGGGAACUCGUCAACACCGUUCCUUCAUGUUUCCGAUGUAAGGAAAACAUGUCCGGAAAAGUGGUCUUGAUCACAGGUGCUUCAUCUGGACUUGGAGAGCUUAUCGCUUAUGAAUAUGCAAAACUAGGAGCGUACCUCGCGAUUAUAGCCAGAAAUAAACCAGAGAGUCGACUUGAGCAGGUAGCACACAGAGCUCGUGAACUUGGCUCUCCGGAUGUUCUUUUCGUGUUUGCCGAUGUGUCAAAGGUAGACGAGUGUAGGAUGUUCGUGGAUGAGACCGUUAAACAUUUUGGUCGUUGUGGUGGAUCAUCUGGUUUGUAAUGCAGGAAUCGGGCAGGUUUAUUGUAUCAGUAGUGAUGUCACCAAAUUCACACAAGUUCUUGUAAGAUCAAACUAAACUCAUCGUUUUUUUUUUCUUUA